CUGACUCUGCUCUGGCGGCCGACAGUAAGAACAAGGACUACCAGGCGUCCAUCAUCAGCUUCCAGUCUGUCUACCUAAACACUGAUGCAGAUUCAGUCUCUACUUCCUCUUCCUGUGCAGAAGAAGAACUCAGUCGUUCUGUGGACGGGUCGGUGCAGCAGAAGUUUGACGCUCUGUCAGAAGACGACGUCCUUGUGGAUCGUCAGAUGAAUCUCUCCGCUCUGUCGUUCUGGCUUAACAAGAAGAACUACAACUCCCAGCAGGCACUGCUCUGGUGUCUCACAAGCUGCGAUGCGGAGCCGCACUGCUCCAUCGCUGACGUCAGAGAUGUCGACUCAGCCAGUUUCUUCAGCUGCUCAUUGUUUUCCAACACUCAAGUCUGUGGAGCGUACGACAAACCGCUGAGACGCCAGUGCCGCCCCCAGCUGGACAGAACACCCAACAACACCUACAUUAAGAAGGUGGAUCUGUCAGGACCAGUGAAGAGUUUCUACGAGAGAGUUUCCUUCAAGAAGAUGGUUUCAUACUCUGUCCGCAGCCGAGUUAGUCUGAGCAGCAACACACCACUGUCUAAGGG